CAGGCCCCAGGAAGGAGCCCCUGGCAGCUCCCCAGGCGGUGCUGCGGGCCGGAGCGACUCCCAGACCAUGGGUGAUGUGCAGAAGGGGCUGCUCUCUGUCAUCCAGAAGCUGAAGGGUUCCCCGGAGCAGGAGCUCCGCAUCGUCCUGCUGGGGCUGGAUAACGCGGGCAAGACGACGCUGCUGAAGCGCCUGGCGUCCGAGGAGGUCAGCACCAUCACCCCCACACAGGGAUUCAACAUCAAGAGCGUCCACUCCCACGGUUUGAAGCUGAAUGUUUGGGAUAUUGGGGGUCAGCGCUCCAUCCGCCCAUACUGGAAGAAGUAUCUGGGCAGCACAGACCUGCUGAUUUAUGUCAUUGACAGUGCUGACCAGAAGCGUUUUGAGGAGACAGGGCAGGAGCUGGCAGAGCUCACAGAGGACGAGUCCCUCACGGGGGUUCCGCUGCUGGUGUUUGCCAACAAGCAGGACCUGGUGACUGCAGCACCCGCAGCCGAAAUCGCAGAAGGGCUGAGCCUCCACACCUACCGGGACCGGGAAUGGCAGAUCCAGGCCUGCUCAGCCCUGUCUGGGGAAGGGGUGCAGGAUGGGAUGAACUGGAUUUCCAGCCAGAUCAUGAACAGGAAGAAGUGAGAGCUGCAAAGUGCCCGAUGGGACUGAGCUGCAGGUCCCUACGCCAUGGCCAAUCCCCCUGGUCCCUCGGCUCCCCCGGAGCCUCGUCUGGGCCCUGAGCCUCAGAUUGCCAUGUUCUGAUGAUUUUCCCACCCAGUCUUCCACUAAUCAAUUGGCUUCCCCUCUCCCUGCCUCCUGGGCUUCCACGGGCUCCUCACAGCCCCUGACUCCCCUGCAGUCCCCGUGCUUUUGGAGGGAAGCACGUGUCCCACUGUGUUGAGGGCUUGCACACCUCCAGCAUGAGAACCUGCCCAGGACUUGUCCACCCACGCUGCUGUCACACCCCGCAGGGGCUGCUGUGACCCCCACAGUGCCCCGGGCACACCACGCACCCCGACACGGCAC